AUGAUAACAGAUAAAAUGAAGAAUUUUUUAUUACUUUACGUGUGUUAUUAUUUUAUACUUUGUGCCACGGCAAUUGGGUACGGUUCUGAUGAUUACGACCAUUUUCCAGCGAAAUCAUGCAACCAAACUGAAUUCAAGUGCAAGAGCGGCAAGUGUAUACCCGGAAAUUGGCAGUGUGACAACGAACAUGACUGCUAUGAUGGCUCUGACGAGGAUCCUGCUGUUUGCCGGCUGAAACCAUGCAGUAGGGAAACAGAAUUUCAAUGUAGUCCAGGUGAAUGCAUCGCUAAAUUCUGGAUUUGUGAUCACCAAAAUGAUUGUCAAAAUGGAGCAGAUGAGAUAAAUUGUCACAAUACCAAAAAUUGUACAGUGGACCAGUUCACAUGCCGUUCAGGCAACGGUGAAUGUGUGGCACUGGCUUGGAUGUGCGACGAUAACCCAGACUGCUCAGAUGGUUCUGACGAGGCUGACUGCAAUGAUACCUGCCGGUCGGAUCAAUUUACCUGUGCAAACAAAAAGUGCAUCCAAAGCAGCUGGGUGUGCGACCAAGAUGAAGAUUGCGACGACGGGAGUGACGAGAAAAAUUGUCCACCAACGACCUGUCGUCCAGGCACUGAUUUUGCGUGCGCUCAGGGAUACUGCAUCACGUCUCGUUGGAGGUGUGACGGCGAUUACGACUGUCCGGACCAUUCCGACGAGCUGGGAUGUAAAAACAUCGAUAAGCAUUCGAGCUAUUGUGCUGAGCACGAGUUUCAUUGUGGUGAUCACUUGACUUGCAUUCACCGGACUUGGGUUUGCGAUAAUGAAAAAGAUUGUCCGAACGGAUCAGACGAGUCUCCCGAGAGGUGUCAUAACAUAACUUGUCGGGCUGAUCAGCCAUUCAUAUUGCGAUGGAAAGCCCGACUGCAAAGACAGCAGCGACGAAAAAAAUUGCACAACAAAAGCAUCGCCCUCGAGGGCUCUUGUAUACCAUUGGAUCGGGUUUGUGACAAGAAGCCAGACUGUAUUGGUUGGGAAGACGAGAGCCAAGAGCGAUGUGGUGUCAAUGAAUGCUUGAAAAACAACGGUGACUGCACGCAAAUAUGUGUUGAUAUGCCAAUUGGUUACAGAUGCGCCUGUCGACCUGGUUACCGGCUCAUCGAUAAUCGCACGUGUGACGACAUAGACGAGUGUCUUGAGCCAGGGAGCUGCUCGCAGUACUGUUUCAAUGAAAAGGGCACAUUUAAAUGUACGUGUGCUUCUGGUUAUCUUCGAGACCCCAAGAAUGUCACGAGGUGUAAAGCUGCCGAGGGACAUGCCAGUCUAUUGUUUGCUCGUCGACAUGAUAUCAGAAAAGUUGCGCUAGAUAGACAAGAAAUGACGGCUAUUGUUAAUAAUACCAAAAUGGCAACGGCGUUAGAUUUUGUAUUUCGUACGGGUAUGAUAUUUUGGAGUGACGUACACGAGAAAAAAAUAUACAAAGCUCCAAUUGACGAGGGUAAUGAGCGGACGGUGGUUAUUGACAAGGAUUCAACGACAACUGAUGGGCUUGCUGUUGAUUGGAUUUAUAAUCAUAUUUAUUGGACGGAUGCUGGGAAGAAUACCAUUGAGCUUGCUAAUUUUGAAGGUAAUAUGCGUAAAACGUUGAUUAAGGAUCAAAUACAAGAGCCCAGAGCUAUUGCAUUGAAUCCACUGGAGGGAUGGAUGUUUUGGACAGAUUGGGGUGAUGAGGCACGCAUUGAAAGAGCCGGGAUGGAUGGAUCUCAUCGAUCAGUUAUUGUGGGGAGCGAAGUCACGUGGCCGAAUGGUCUAACGCUGGAUUUAAUCGGUAGAAAAGUAUACUGGGUUGACGCUAAAUUGCACAUUAUCGCAUCGUGUAAUUACGAUGGAACUGGAAGGCGCACUGUUUUAUAUUCACAAGAUAAUUUAAGACAUCCGUUCAGUAUAACGACAUUCGAAGAUUACGUCUAUUGGUCCGAUUGGGACAAACAGACUAUAUUUAAGGCCAAUAAAUUCACGGGAAAAGAAGUCAAGUCGGUGACACCGCUCAGGUCCUUGCAAAAUCCGAUGGUUGUUCACGUUUAUCAUCCGUACAGACAACCCGACGGCACUAACCAGUGUCAAGCUGUCAAUGGACACUGUAGUCAUUUGUGCUUACCAGCUCCUAAAAUAAAUUCACGAUCGCCUGUUCUCAGUUGUGCUUGUCCCGACGGAUUGAGAUUAUUACCCGAUGGGCUAAUGUGUGUCGAAAACGUAACGACAACAGUGGAGCCUACGACACAAGAAUCAACACGGCCGUUCAGGAAGUUAGAACCUAUUAUUCCAACGACACCUGGACCUGCGGAUGCAGCUGAUGCUAACGGAAGCAGUAAUCCAGGCAACGAGCCAACAGAUCCUGGUUUGGUUGCUGGUAUAGUUAUUGGAGUAGUAACCUUAGGUCUUCUAUUACUUGCCCUGGUGGCAGUAUUAUGCUACAGGCAUUAUUUACAUCGCAACGUUACAAGUAUGAAUUUCGAUAACCCAGUCUACAGAAAAACUACUGAAGAUCAGUUUAGCCUCGAAAAAAAUAGGUUCCCCUUACCUACGGCUACUGUUGGCGAAGAAGCACAAGAACCGCUCACAAGUCCUGGCACCAAUGACUACGUUUAA